AUGCAGUUCACAUUUCAAUGCAAAAAAAAGCGUUGCAAUUUUAGAAAUUCCAAUGCAACGCCGUUUCCCAUUUGUGAGCAGGGCGAGCGCUAUCACGGCGUCCUUACAGGACUCUCUGUGGAGAUAUCAGAUUCUACCCAGUCACAGUCGCUCCAUGACAAUGGCUGCUAUGGAAAAGGCAGCAAAUCUCGAGGUGGACCGGCAUCGGGUGAUGAAGAUGAAACGCUGCUUCUUGGACUGGAAGAGUCUUGUUUUCUGGCCUACUACUUGAAAGUACUCGAAAUAAAGAACCAGUCGGGCACAAGUGUGGACUGGGAAGGAUUCCUGAAAGUGGCGCAGGAUCUAAACGAUAGAUUUCUUGAGAAUUUGGCAUGCUAUUUGUAUUUGAAAUCAAAAAAUUGGGUGAUCAAGAGUGGAAUCAAAUUUGGCGGAGACUUUCUUAUCUACAAGCAAAGCCCGCGGAAUUUCCAUGCCAGCUUCUUGGUCAUUGUACAGACUCACUCUGAUCUGGAUUACUACCAGCCAAAGAACCUCAAAGGAGUCCAACGAGUGGCGGAAACGUCCGACAAGGAUGUACUCCUGCUGACUGUGGACUGUCGGACUGUGCUGACAGUUGGUCAACCCAAGGAAGAUUCCUCCCAUAUAGCCACGCCCGAAGCGCUUAAAGAAAUAUCAGUCACGGAAACAAUUGUACGUCGCUUCAAUUAUUCGUCUUUCGUGCAAAGUAAACAAUAACAACCAAAAUACUUA